GCCGCCGCCCUCCCCGCCCGCCUGGUCUCCCGAGCUGCCGUGGGGACCGCGAAGCGCGGGCGGCGGGAUCCGCACGAAAUAAAUCAGAAUGAGUUAUGCAGAAAAACCCGAUGAAAUCACGAAAGAUGAGUGGAUGGAGAAACUCAAUAACUUACAUGUCCAGCGAGCAGACAUGAACCGUCUCAUCAUGAACUACCUGGUCACAGAGGGCUUUAAGGAAGCAGCAGAGAAGUUUCGAAUGGAAUCCGGGAUCGAACCUAGUGUGGAUCUAGAAACACUUGAUGAGCGAAUCAAAAUCCGUGAGAUGAUCCUGAAAGGCCAGAUUCAGGAGGCUAUUGCGUUGAUCAACAGCCUCCAUCCAGAGCUCCUGGACACAAACCGGUAUCUGUACUUCCACCUGCAACAACAGCACCUGAUCGAGCUCAUCCGCCAGCGCGAGACAGAGGCAGCACUGGAGUUCGCUCAGACCCAGUUGGCAGAGCAAGGCGAAGAGAGCAGAGAGUGCCUGACGGAGAUGGAGCGCACACUGGCCCUGCUGGCCUUCGAUAACCCUGAAGAGUCACCCUUUGGAGAUCUCCUCAAUAUGAUGCAGAGGCAAAAGGUGUGGAGUGAAGUUAACCAAGCUGUCCUAGAUUACGAAAAUCGUGAGUCAACACCCAAGCUGGCAAAAUUACUGAAACUACUCCUUUGGGCUCAGAAUGAGCUGGACCAGAAGAAAGUGAAAUAUCCCAAAAUGACAGACCUCAGCAAGGGCGCCAUUGAGGAGCCUAAGUAGGGCUUGUGCAGCGGCACCGCGCCCCACCCGGCACACUGGUUGGCCCAUCUGCGACUGAAACAUUUUUACUGCAGUAGAGAACUCUUUCCCCCUUUUACUUUUUUUUGACCCGGCAUCUUUUUUGAAGGGAAAAAUGGCCCUUUGAAGCCCGGGAAGACUCGCAGUGAAAGACACUGUCUCUGGCAGUCUGAUCCGCAUCCGCCUGUGGUGCAACCUGGAGGUGGUGGCGGCUGGCGCUGUCGCUCUGGCACUCGGUGUGUCGGCUGCUGAAGGGUUCCUUUGCCUCGAGAGCUGUUGCUGGGGACUGCCGGCUACACUGGGACUCCACCGAGCACACGAGAAGCACUGGUGGCUGCUUUGCUCUCUGCGGGCACGUGGGCAAUGGCGCAUUUCUCACUUCUCCUGAGUCUCCUCAGGCCUCGUGCGGAAGUUUCUCCUUCCCCCUUGGUUUUUGCUUUUUCAUAGAAAAGACUAUAUAAAUUUGUAAAUCCUAAUUCAAACACUUCUUCUGUGUGAUGGUGUUGAGUUUGAUUUGUUUUCCCUUUUGGUCUGGGUUGUGUGGCUUUUGGGGAGAUGUGUGUGUGAGGGGUGGGUGGUGUGUUUUCUAAUUUUUUAAAUAUAUAUCUUGGUGCUGUAUGUGGUGAGAAACUUUCCUAGAGGAUCAAUGAACCAUCUCUUCUAGGCAGUUUUGUUGAAAAUAAAGGUUUCUCUUUGAUUUCAAGAAUGACCAAAACGGCCUCCAAAAAGUUUUAGUCAUCUCAAACAAACCUUUUGUUUUGGCGGCUGACUUCCCCAUGGUGAUGGUAGUGACAUCAUCUGGUGCCUGCAGCUGGAGGACCAGUCCCCUGCUCUGUGUGCUUGGAGUGGACUUCUCAGAGGGAGGGAGUGCCAGUGCUGACGGCUGUGUGCCUUGGUGUGGUGGAGUCCUUGGCUGGGAGUGCCCAGUGGGGAGCUUGAAAGUGGCAACCAGUGCAGCCAGUGAGAUGCGAGUGCCGUGUAACUUGGAGUGGAAACACGUGUGUUUGGAUUCAUUGCAGAGUGUCACUGAGCAUUGGUGCUAGGAGUCAGUUUUGUGGAGCAUAACAGAACCACUGACCCCUCAGGGCAAGUCUUGUGGAGGUGGCGGUGACGGUGACCAAGAGCACAGAGCUCCUCUUGCCUCUGACAGCUCAUGCACUUGGGUGGGGGCUGCCAGCUGCUGGAAUGGCUGGGACUCAGUUCUCCCUCAGUGGAUUCCUUGUACUGGCACAGGGUGUUCUGGUACCCAGGGCUUGGUGGAGAGAAGGACCACUAGCAGCUGAAUUUGGAGGAGUUUCUUUCCUUGACAAGCAAGGUUAGGCAGCUUGCAGGUACUCGGGUUGGUCAGGUGGCCUGCCUCUGAUUGCUGGGGCCAUCUUUGUCCAGGCCCUGCGCACCCUGAAGCUCCGUCACGCAGUGUCUGCGAUACAGCUCUUCUCUGCCUGCGCUGAGGGGUCUGAGGGUGCUGCUGUUUUGAGGGCAGGAGCUGUGGGCAGCAUUUGCCUUUGCCAGGUGGCGGUUGUCCUUCAGUCACGGAAGCAUGUUAGAACUCCCGCGGCCCCUGCAGACCACUUUGGGCUCCAGACUGUCCCCUUGUGCUGCCUGGUUCAUUUGGGGAGGGUGAGGGGGUGCCCCUCACCCCAGAAGUGAUGUGUGUCAACUCUGUCUCCAUAGUCGUCUUCAGGUGUAAACUUUCUUUAGGAUCAUUUCCUCUGAGCUUUGAGGAUAAAAAUAAGUUAGAGGGAAAGAGAGUUUUAAUAUUCAGGUAAUUAGUAGUUAAAUAUAGCAGAAGCUGGAAGAAAAAUCUUAGAAGAGAGGUAGAGAUAAAGCUGUACGUUUUUUGAAAAGCACCAGAUAAUUCAGCAUGUUCCUAUUUCUCUUUUAUGAUGAGUGUAUAUAAGACCGUUUACCUGCCUAAUUAAUAUAUAAUCAGUUGGACGUAUUCUCCAGAUUAGCAGGUGUGAGGUGUGUAGUAAUGGGAAGUCCUGUUCUCAGGAGUUACCCACAGACUCCUGGACCUGGGUGGGCUUUGUCACGCGCGUGAAAUGUCAGGAAGUGGCUGUAAGACUCAGUGUUGGUGUUUCUGUCCCAGUUCAGCCGUUGAGUAGCUUCCUAAGCUAGUGCUGAAGACCAGCGUGAGCUCCUUGUUGGUGGUACUUGAAGGGUUCAGCUGUUAUCCUUGUUUUCUUUACUUUGGUUUAAGAGGUUUAGUUACUUUUCCUGGGAUCUCUUAGUGGACUAGAAAUCUCCUCCGAAAGGAGCGGCUGUACAGACUUUGCCUGUUUGCCACCUUUUUGCAGUUUCCGCUUUUUCAGCAAGCAAACUAAAUUAAGCCAUUUCAAGAUAAUGAGCAUUAAGUAUAAUUUGAUUUUUCUGCUUCGUCUCAUUUGGAUUUUACUAUCAUGUUUAUUAAAAUGUAAUGUUUUACAGAGGUAGUUACUUCUGCUUUUUAUGCUUUUUUGUGGAAAGUGCCUUGAAAUAAAUAAAAUCUGAGAAUAUUCUGGUACUCUAUGUUCCUGAUAUCAUGAAGUCAUGUGAGGAAUAACCCCUGGUUUGGAAUCUUUCCAAAGCCUUGGGACUAUUGCAAAGCAAAUGAGAACUAUAUUUUUGCCAUUUGAAUUAAGGUUUCCAGGUUCUAGAAAAGGCAGAUGUUUUUUGGACUGGUGUUUGAGAUGAGAGUCUCCCCAGCACGUGACUGAAGACCCCGUGAAUGAGGCCCCCGGGACACCGAGGCCCUUCUUUCCAUCCAGUCAAGACGCGCUCUGAAGAUGUGAGGAGAAAACACGUUGAAGAUGGUUUUUCUAAGGCGAUGUGAUGUCUUUAUUUUCCUCUUUCUGUACAAUAUUAGUUUUGGGGAGUGGCAGAACCAGGGGUGUCAGAAAGAAUCGUGCACAUUUUCUGUUAAAGACAGCGACGUCUUCGGGAUAAUGGAGCAGGACUCCCCUCCGAGUUGUUGUCGUCAAGUCUUGUGAACAGAAGACUAGAUUAAAAGCGUCAGGUGAAUGCAAUGGUCUGCUUUUCUGCUGACCGAAGACAUCGAGUGGGACAUAGUAGGGCGUCAUGUGGCGCGGCCACCUGCUGCAUGUCCUCAUCAACCUGUGUAAGUCCGGCUUUUUGACGUGUUUUACUCUGACACCACGCGUGUCAUUUUUUACAACGGGUAUGUUUUUGUUUCAGAAACAUGUACUGCUUUUUUGGAUUUAUAGUAAAUUGUAUUGUCAGCGUCAGUCCUGUGAAAUCCUGUAUGGGACCAUCCCUGCUGUAGUCCUUUUGUACGCCUCUGAUUCUGUAACCCCGCUUUAUUCUUGUGGGCCGAUAUGUGCUGCCCCCACCAGCAUCUUGAAGAAUGCAGAAUAGGUUGCCUUUGCUGCUUGUUCUUAAUUUCACAGUAAAAGUUCUCACAUUUUUGUCUCA